CUCUUAAAAACUUUUCUUUACUUCGAUCCACCACCAUGCCCAUGCUAGCUGACCCUUCCCAAAAGUACAAGCCGUACACUCCACUGAACCUCAAGGAUCGCCAGUGGCCGUCGAAAACGUUCACCAAGCCUCCCAUCUGGUUGUCGACCGAUCUUCGAGAUGGUAAUCAGGCUCUGGCCAACCCAAUGUCCAUUGAGCAAAAGACGACUUUUUUCAGGGAGCUCGUUAAAUGUGGUGUCAAGGAAGUCGAGGUCGCAUACCCUGCCGCUAGCGACACUGAUUUCUCCUUCGUGCGAGGUCUCAUCGAAAACCAUGAAAUCCCCGACGAUGUAUGGAUACAAGUCUUGACACCAGCCCGGGAAGACUUGAUAAAACGCACGAUUAACGCUGUCGCUGGAUGCAAGCACGCCAUUAUUCACAUGUACAAUGCCACGUCGCCCUUGUUUCGAAAUGUCGUGUUUCGAAAUUCAAAGGAACAGACCAUCGAACUCGCCGUUACGCACACCAAAAUCAUCAAACAACUGACGGAGGAAUGCACUGCAAAAUACGGAACCCAAUUCCGCUAUGAAUACAGUCCGGAGAUGUUUACCCAAACAGAGCCGGAUUUUGUACUGGAAAUUUGCGAGGUUGUCAAGACGGCCUGGGGAAAGGCCGGUACCGAUUUCGAGAACAAAAUCAUCUUCAAUCUUCCAUCAACAGUGGAGAUUGCCCCACCGAAUUAUUAUGCCGAUCAGAUUGAAUAUUUCUGCACCAGGAUUUCGGAGCGGGAGAAAAUUCUAGUCAGUCUACAUCCUCAUAACGAUCGAGGAACUGGAAUUGCAUCGGCUGAGCUUGGUUUCCUGGCUGGUGGUGACCGUAUCGAGGGAUGUUUCUUCGGUAACGGAGAGCGAACAGGAAAUGUCGACCUUGUCAACCUCGCCCUUAACUUGUACUCUCAAGGAAUUCAUCCCAACCUCGACUUCAGCGACCUACAAACCGCCAUCGAUGUUGUUACGCAAUGCAACGAUCUCCCCAUUCAUCCAAGACAUCCUUACGCAGGUGAACUCGUUUUCACUGCAUUUUCUGGGUCACAUCAGGAUGCCAUCAAAAAGGGACUCGAGGCUCAGAAGACCAGACAUGCGGCAGCCGCAGCGAAGGGUGAACCCCAGUAUUGGGAAGUGCCGUACCUACCGGUUGACCCUGCCGAUUUGGGCAUGACUUACGAAGCCUUAAUUCGUGUUAACUCGCAAUCCGGCAAAGGUGGUAUCGCCUACCUCAUCAAACAGAAUCUCCAGCUCGACCUGCCCAGAAAAAUGCAAAUCGCCUUCUACCAAGUUGUCCAAGAGGUUUCUGACCGUGAAGCUCGUGAGAUGACCGUGGAUGAUAUUACUACUGCAUUCCGAAAUGCGUACCACUUUGGUGGAUCCAAAUACAAAGGUCGUUUAUACCUACGAAACUUCAAGAUUUCCACCGAGCCCAAUCCAGAUCCUUCUGAUCUCUCUGGGGACGAAGCCGAGGAGCGCCGACGGUUCGAUGGCACCAUAUCUGUCGAUGGUGUCCUACGCGUCAUCCGAGGUGACGGCAAUGGUCCUUUAUCCGCCCUCCUCGACGCUCUCCGUACCCAUCUACACAUCGACCUCUCCAUCCGCGAAUACACCGAACAUACGAUAGACCUCGAAGAGGGCCAAAACGCCCGUGCUGCCUCUUACAUAGAGGUCGUCCCUGCCGGGGACCGCAAAUCCGCACAGUCAUGGUGGGGUGCUGGUGUCGACUCUGAUAUUUCGGGAGCUGGAUUACGCGCAGUGAUCAGCGCGGUAAACAAUGCCAUCGGGGAUCAGGAACUGCCUGAGCUCAAAUUGACGGUAGGGUUCAAUGCCAAGUUGGGCCAGGGAGACGUAGCAAGUGUCAUCGUCAAUGCUCUCGGUUUAGAGCUUCCGCGGAGGUUCCAAGCUUCGUUCUUCGAGGUCGUGCAACGUGCAGCGAGGGUUACUGGCGAAAUCUCGGUGGGAGCAUUGACAGAGCUCUUCAAGACGACAUAUGAUUAUGACGUCCUGACACCGUCCGCUAAAUUCUCCGUGACUUCGUUUAACCUGGAACACGUUGAUGCGACCAAGCGCGUGUUGACGGGAGAAUUUAUUCUAUUUGGUUCGCAGAGGAAGGUCAGAGGGGAGGGUAAUGGACCUUUGUCAUCUUCUGUCAGUGCGCUGCACUCUUAUAUUGAGGGCAUGUUGACGGUUCGGGAGUACUCAGAACAUUCGAUCGGAGAGGGCACUGAAGUCGUCGCCGCGUCGUAUGUAGAGCUCCUGUAUGAGCUGCUGGGAGAGAAGAAGAGGAGCUCGUGGGGUGUUGCCACGGAUGCCGAUAUUACGGCUUCUGGUAUCAAAGCAGUCUUGAGCGCAGCAGCAAAGCUGGAGCUGGUACCUAAAAAAGUUGUUAAUGGCCACUAAGGUGGUGUUGGUGGGAGAAGUUGUAUGUUUGUGUAUUUCUUGAAUUAAUGAAAUUAGCGUUAGUUAACGCUUCGAAUAUUAUUCGUAACGAUUUAACAAAAGAACGACAAACAGAAGGUUACAUACUGAGUCAUUGAAGGCUACAAGAAGAGGUGAAACCACCACGUAUAUAUGUACAUGAUCUACUACAUAUCAUCAGUACUUGAAUGUUAUGGGUAUUGUCGUGAAUG